ACAUAUUUUUUUUCUUGCGCGUCGAGUUGUUCAAACGCGCAUGCUCCGUGCGAGCAAGGCUGCCUCACCUGUGAUGACAGGUUUUCUAAGCAGAAACGGAGGUGGACGGAUGUUGACAUGAAUGAUGAGCGACAAACCUGCCUCUGCAUUAACUGCAAACACCUGGACUAAAAGAAAAGAAGAGAAAAGAAAGGAGUAAACACCACAAGAUACUGUAGCUUUCAUCCCAUUCAUUUCAGUCGGCAUCCUUAGUCAAAAAGUAAAUUUAUGUCUACAGGGGCUCUGAUCCUACCAACAGCUAUGCAGGUGUACAUGGCAAUAAUAUGAGUGUGUAGAAAAGACCUGUUAAUAGCCCCCACUGGACUAUCUCCAAGGAAACCGAAACACCAAGGGGUUGCCUGGUCUUUAUGAAAUGUACGCUUCUAUCAUUGCUCUUCUGUGUUCAGAGAAAAGAACGUCAUUAUUUUCUGGGAGGAUUAUGCAAAGAGAUAUUAAUAGUUUGUUUGUUGUUGUUUUUUCAGAUACAUAUCCGACUUAUAACACUACUAGCAAUGGGAAGAUGCUGCAAAUGUAACAGUAGACUUCUGUGCCUGUGUCUCCUGCCCUGUAUGAUGACUGGUCAUCUUCUGAUUUAUAUUAUGGUGUCCAUAUUCAUCACUAUGUCUUACGCUCCUCCAAAGAUUAUAAUUCACUAUAUUGCACCGGGCUUUUCUCCUAAUUCCUCAUCUUUGGCCUCCCAUCCACUUAGCCCUUUCUGGAACCUUCGCUUGGAGGAUGGUGCAAUAUGGAACCAGUUGCAGCACGUUUGGGAUCGUCAGCACAAUCCGAUUCUGAGAAAAAACACAACGUGGAAGCCAAGCGCUCAGCUUUUAGCAGAGACUGAAGAUGCAUGUUCGGACUGUAUGUCAGACGCAUGUUCAGUCCCCCAUAAACACGACUUAAACAGCUUACCAGAACAAAUGAGGGCAUUUAUCCGGUCGAUGCACUGCAGGGAGUACCCCACCCUCAUCAAUCAGCCUGAUAUGUGUAGGAGGGGUGCCGAAAUCUACGGAGUGGACUCUCCAAUGCUUCUCAUGGCCAUUAAAUCCCAAGUUGGAAACUUUGAAAACAGACAGGCAAUCCGUGAAACAUGGGGACGCAGUGGCCUUGUUUUUGGGGAUACACAUAAGAAAGGGGAACUAGUUCAGACCGUCUUUUUGCUUGGAAGACAGGAUUCAAGUACAGGUCCGCACCCUGACCUGAAGAACCUCCUGGAGCUUGAGAACCAGAAGUAUGGCGAUAUUCUGCAGUGGGAUUUCAGAGACACUUUCUAUAAUCUGACCCUAAAAGACUUGCUGCUUUGGCGAUGGAUCCAGCAGUACUGCCCCACGGCCACUUUUAUUUUUAAAGGGGAUGAUGAUGUUUUUGUUCGAACGGACGCCCUGCUGGACUACCUGCACAAAAAGAGGGAAGAGCACCGACUGUGGAGGACAAACGACACUGAGAUGGAUUUGUUCGUUGGAGAUGUCAUCUAUAACGCAAUGCCACACCGUGAGCCGUCUGCCAAAUACUUCAUACCAGAAAGUUUCUACAAAGGCGUGUACCCGCCCUACGCUGGUGGAGGAGGGGUGGUGUAUUCCAGCUCAGUUGCAUUACGUCUGAAAGAAGUGUCCAAAAGGGUGCGCCUCUUCCCAAUUGAUGAUGUUUAUCUUGGCAUGUGCCUUCAGAGACUUGGGCUUUCGCCGAGCCAUCACCCAGGCUUUCUAACAUUUGAUCUUCCUGUAACAGACAGGGGCAAUCCCUGUGCCUACAGAUCUCUCAUGCUUGUUCACAGACGCACUCCCAACGAGAUGUUGACACUAUGGAAGCAGCUUCAAAAUCUGGCUGGUCAGUGCUGAAGCUUAUUUGCAAACCAAAUAGGAUUCAGUGAGUUUAGUACCAGAUUAAUGCAACCUCCAGACUAAUUUGAAAAAAUAUUUAUAUAUAUCUGCUUAUGGUAAGCAAACAAUGCACUGAUGAGGGCAACUACUCUCUGGAGGAUUAUUUUACUCUGAGGGAAGGAAUCUACCUCAAUGGUACAUUUAUUAUGAAAUAGAAAAAAGGGCAACAAUAUUUUAUUAAAUUUCUUUUCUGAUUACUCAGAGCAGCCUGCACAAUUUACACUUUUACAUUUUAAUGAAAACAUAGUACUUAACUCUUUAAUGUCGAAAAAGAAAACAGAUUAUUUUCAUUUGAAAACAGUAGGGUGUAAAAAAAUGGACAAAUUGAUACUUAAAUGUAAAAACAAGUUACAUUGUUUUUCAUGUAGUAAACUACACUUUUUAAUUUAAACAAGCAACAGAUAAAACCUGCAAAAUGUGCCCAUACUAUUCACUGUAAAUAUUUUAUUCCACUUUGUUGUCAAUUGCAAUACUCACAAAAUAAAAAGAAAAAAAAAUAAAUUAUAAGGGCCACAGUCAAACAGUAAAGUGCAGAAACGUUUUUUUUUUUUUUAAUUUACAAGAAUGUAAUUUUUUGUCGAUUUAUUUAGUUGGGAAGGUCUUUAAAGCCAAAACACUAAAACUACAGAAGCUUACAGCAGUUUUAUGACUCUGUAGCAUCUAUGACUGAUACAAAGAAAGCAGUUGGAAGUAUAAAUAUGUAAGAUACUGUACUAAGGAAAUCAUUAUUUUCUCUAUUUUAGAGUUUUCUCUUGGUUGAGGAAAUGUGUUUUUUAUCAUAUUUAUUUUUUUAAAAAUCAAAGUCUUAGUCACAGCUGUCUUUAUGGGUGGAUAUGGACCUGUCUGCAGGUGGAGAAUUCUCAAAUCUGUAUAGGACACACACAAAAUAUCAAGGUCGUAGAGUUUUAGGUAAACCAUAGUACAAAAUUGUUCUUGCACAUUUUUUCUAUGGGUAUGCUGCAGGCAACAGUUCAUAGCGAACACUUGAUAAGUAAGGGUAAGUAAGAGUAAAGUAGGUGAGACACAGGCAUGUCAUAAACAUUUUUCAUUAUUCCAAUCCGACAAAUCCUGCAGUCUGUACAAGGAGCUCACGUGUUCUGUUCUCGUUAUUUGUGCGGACUUCUUUUGGUGCAGCUUGACUGUCUGAAAUGAGGAAAUUAGACAAUCAGGGAGUAGUUUGUGUAGACAUCAGGCACUUGCGUAUCAUCUGUGAACCCUGUGAGUUUGUUUGCUCGUAAUCAGUGAAGAACGACUUGAGCGACUUGAGCGUGUCCAAAUUCAGGUCUCAAGGACUGGUGUCCUACAUGUUUUCUAACCAACCUACCAUGAAUGCUCUUUAUUGGCUAAACACACCUGAUUUAGGUAAUCAACAAUCUGCAAAGCCAGCAGGAGAUCGGUCCUCGAGGACUGGAUUUGGACACCCCUGGACUAGAGUGUGGCAUAAAGGCACCAUACUAUAGCACCAUAUCCCAGCCAGCAAGGCCAGGUUGGCCCCAUAUGGUUUAAAAGUGGGCAUCAAUUGGUUUUGUCCAUAGUUUUAGUGGUGGCCCAACCUGUGUUUGCCCACAUUGGCUAUGUUGCCCAGCGACCAGUAGUCUGGAGGGCGACCAAGCUAGCUCAGUCAGAUCCUGGGCAGAGGAGCUUUCUGCCCACUUUUAAACCAUAUGCGGCACACUUGGCCGUGUUUACUGGGAUAAUGCAUAGAACAUCAUAAGUGGAUGGAACUUAAAUAAUCCUUACUAAUAUACUUCACUUUUCACACGCACGACAAUGGUACAUUCCAUUUUUAUCACGUCCGUGGCCCUAUGAGCUUCAAGAGAACUGCAAGACACACCUCUCUACGACCUUCAUGAGCAUGGACAACCCCAAUACUCUCAGCACCCAUACAGGUCAACCUCAUACAAGUACAUUUGACCAAGGCUUAAGUAGAUAAAAGUCUUAAUACUUUCAUUCUAGAGGCAUUUUUUUAACUAUAAAUGUCCCCAAAAAAUCCUCAUUGAAAAGUUUAUAACAUACUGUAAUACUAAUAAGAUCAUUUAAAGGUAAGGAUUUUUUUCUCCAGUUAAAUUUAAGUGAUGACAGCAUUAAAAUAAGUUGUUUUAUUUUAUCAUCUGUAUUGAAACUGAUAGGACAGUUCUGUAUUUUUCUCUUGUAAAUAUGAAUUUGUUCACAGGUAAAUACAUUUUUUUCAACAAUAUAAAAAAAAAACAUAAAUUUAAUUUGAUUUUUGCUUUGGUAGAAUAAACAUUUUUUAGACACAGACCUUAAUCACAUCAUGUGCAUGUGUUUUGGGGUUACAUUUCAUGUUGUUUCUGCGUUUUUCUUCAAAUUGAAUUAGUUUUUUCAAUUUUUGGGCAGGGCAUAAACUUUAAGAUCCUCUAGCAAAUCUUUUUCUGUUGUUCCCAGACUAAACUCAAAAGCACAGUGAUGCAUCUUUUCAAUGCAAUGCCCUGUGAUUCUAAAACAGCUUUCCAGACAGCUUAAUGAAGAGAAAGUAGUAGCUUUAAAAACAGGCUUAUGUCCCUCCUUUUCAGUUAGCUUUUAACCAGUGUUUAGUUGUUUAUCCUGCUGUUUUUGAACCUUUUAUGUAUGUUCUUACAUGCUCUAAAUUAAAUAAUUGAUUGUUUUAUUUUUAUGUUGUUUGUUUGACAAUAAAUAACGUAUUCUUGUUUAUUUGUUUAUUUUUCUAUUUAAUGUAUUUUAUGUCUCAUUGUGUAUAUUUGAUCAGAGCUGUUUAAGGUCCCUGCUGUAAAAAACUUGGAUACCUGUUUUGGAAGGAUUACUGUAUUUUAUUUUUAGUUAUUUUUAUUAUUAUUAUUAUUAUUUUUUUGUUUGGGUGGGAAAAGAAGUGUAAGAAUUUUAUGCUUUGAUCUUAUUUCCGAUUUUCCCAAAUCCUGUUAAGCACUUUGUGCUACACUUUGUUGUUCAAAAAGUUGCCUAUAAAUAAAGGUUUGAAAUCUG